AGAGGCUCGGCGAAGCAGGUCGGAAGCGGUGCGAACAUGGCCGAGCGAGUCCAGCAGCCUCCAGCCAAGCGGCUCUGCUGCCGGCCCGGCUACAACCCGGCGUGCAGGCAGGGGCAGCGGGCUGGAGGAGUCCUGUGUGGCGGCGGCGGCGGUGGUGGUUCGGGCUCCGCCGCGGGGCAGAGCGGCAAGGCGCACAACCCGGAGUCGCUGCUCGACAUCGCGGCGCGCCGAGUGGCUGAGAAGUGGCCCUUCCAACGGGUGGAGGAGCGCUUCGAGCGGAUCCCGGAACCCGUGCAGCGCCGGAUCGUAUAUUGGUCGUUCCCGCGGAGCGAGAAGGAGAUCUGCAUGUACUCGUCUUUCAACGCCGGGGCCGAGGAAAGUGGAACUAGCGGGGACAAUAACGACGAGACUCAGCUGCCUUUCCUGCGGGGUGUCACUCUCCUGGAGGGCGGCUGGGUGGACAACGUACUGCAAGUCGGUUUCCAUCUGAGCGGCACAGUAACGGACCCCGCCACGCCCUCGUCCCCAGAACUCGUAUGCAGCGUCAGCGUCAGCUUCGACCGUUGCAAGAUCACCGCGGUCACGUGCACUUGCGGCAACAAGGACAUCUUCUAUUGCGCCCACGUGGUGGCGCUCUCGCUUUAUCGGGUACGCAAGCCCGAGCAGGUCAAACUGCACCUGCCCAUCUCGGAAACCUUGUUCCAGAUGAGCCGCGACCAGCUGCAGAAAUUCGUCCAGUAUCUCAUCUCUGUCCACCACACGGAGGUGUUGCCCACCGCACAGAAAUUGGCCGACGAGAUCCUGUCACAGAACUCCGAGAUCAACCAGGUCCAUGGGGCACCGGACCCCACAGCAGGGGCCAGCGUGGACGACGAGAAUUGCUGGCAUCUGGAUGAGGAGCAGGUUCAGGAGCAAGUCAAGCUCUUCCUGUCCCAGGGUGGAUACCACGGCUCGGGCAAGCAGCUCAACCUGCUCUUCAGCAAGGUGCGAGAGAUGCUGAAGAUGCGUGACUCCAACGGAGCGAGGAUGUUAACACUGAUCACAGAGCAGUUCAUGGCCGACCCUCGGCUGGCGCUGUGGAGACAACAAGGCACCACCAUGACAGACAAGUACAGACAGCUCUGGGACGAACUGGGUGCCCUGUGGAUGUGCAUCGUACUGAACCCGCACUGCAAGGCGGAGCAAAAGUCAUCCUGGUUGCGGCAGCUGCGCAGGUGGAACAGCGUGGACGUGUGUCCGUGGGAAGACGGAAACCACGGCAACGAGCUGCCCAACCUCACCCACUCGCUCCCACAGGGUGCCCACAGCAACCAGGAGAUGCGGCCCCACAGGACUGUUUUCACGCGGGCCAUCGAGGCCUGCGACCUGCACUGGCAGGACCGCCACCUCCAGCACAUCAUUGCCAGUGACCUCUACGCCAACUACUGUUACCACGACAACCAGGAGGGCUCACUAUUUGACGCCCGCGGCUGGCCCUUGUGGCACGAACACGUCCCAACAGCCUGCGCCAGGGUGGAUGCCCUGCGGUCCCACGGUUACCCACGAGAAGCACUCCGCCUGGCCAUCGCCAUUGUGAACACGUUACGGCGGCAACAGCAGCGGCAACUCGAGCACUUCCGCCGGCAUAAAAAAGAGUUGCUCCAUAAAGGCCACACUUCAAUUACCAACAUGGAGGGCUGGGUGGGACACCCACUGGAUCCCAUCGGCACCCUCUUCAGUACGCUGACAGAGUCGGGACGGGUGGGAGAAGAGGGAUCUAAUACCUGCUUGGAUCUCUCAGACUGCUCCAGUGUGGUGACUCGUGCGGACCUCCAGCGAAUGCCCGUCCAGAGACUGCUCGGCGACGGCGAGUCGUACGUGGCGCUGGCGGUGGAGACGGCCCUGAUGGGCCUGGGCCAGCAGCGCGUCAUGCCCGACGGCUUGUACGCUCAGGAGAAGGUGUGCCGCAACGAGGAGCAGCUGCUGGCCAAGCUUCAAGAAGUAGAACUGGACGAUUCGCUGGUCAAGAUCUUCCGCAAGGAGGCCGUCUUUCUGCUCGAAGCUGGUCCGUAUUCCGGCCUUGGGGAGAUCGUCCAUCGAGAGAGCGUCCCCAUGCACACCUUCGCCCGUUAUCUCUUCACCUCCCUCCUACCUCAUGACGCUGAACUGGCGUACAAAAUUGCACUGAGAGCCAUGCGGUUGCCCGUAUUAGAGUCAACAGCAUCGUCCGGCGACCUGUCCCGGCCUCACCACAUCGUGUCGGUGGUGCCCAACCGCUAUCCGCGCUGGUUCACCCUCAGCCACAUCGAGUCUCAGCAGUGUGAGCUGGCCUCCACCAUGCUCACCGCCGCCAAAGGUGACAGUCGCAGGCUGGAGACGGUGCUGGAGUCCAUCCAGAAAAACAUCCACUCGUCGUCUCACAUCUUCAAACUGGCGCAGGACGCGUUCAAGAUCGCCACUUUGAUGGACAGCCUUCCCGACAUCACGUUGCUAAAAGUUGCUCUGGAGCUCGGACUGCAGGUGAUGAGAAUAACACUGUCCACAUUGAACUGGAGGCGGCGGGAAAUGGUGCGCUGGUUAGUCACAUGUGCCACCGAAGUUGGCGUGUACGCACUGGACAGCAUCAUGCAGAGCUGGUUCACCCUGUUCACCCCCACCGAGGCCACCAGCAUCGUGGCCACCACGGUCAUGUCCAACAGCACCAUCGUGCGCCUGCACCUGGACUGCCACCAGCAGGAGAACCUGGCCUCGUCGGCGCGCACCCUGGCCCUGCAGUGCGCCAUGAAGGACCCCCAGAACUGCGCCCUGUCGGCUCUGACGCUCUGCGAAAAGGACCACAUUGCCUUCGAGACAGCCUACCAGAUUGUACUGGAGGCCGCCGCCACGGGGAUGAGCUACACGCAGCUGUUCACCAUCGCGCGCUACAUGGAGCACCGCGGCUACCCCAUGCGCGCGUACAAGCUGGCCACGCUGGCCAUGGCGCACCUCAACCUCAGCUACAACCAGGACACGCAUCCGGCCAUCAACGACGUGCUGUGGGCCUGCGCACUCAGCCACUCGCUGGGCAAGAACGAGCUGGCCGCCGUCAUCCCCCUGGUGGUGAAGAGCGUCAAGUGCGCCACCGUGCUGUCGGACAUCUUGCGCCGCUGCACGCUGACCACGCCGGGCAUGGUGUCGGCACUGCACAGCCGGCGGAACUCGGGCAAGCUCAUGUCGCUGGACAAGGCGCCGCUAAGGCAGCUGUUGGACGCCACCAUCGGAGCCUACAUCAACACCACGCACUCGCGCCUCACGCACAUCAGCCCGCGCCACUACAGCGAGUUCAUCGAGUUCCUGGGCAAGGCGCGCGAGACCUUCAUGAUGGCGCACGACGGACACAUCCAGUUCACGCAGUUCAUAGACAACCUGAAACAGAUCUACAAGGGCAAAAAGAAACUCAUGAUGCUGGUGAGGGAGCGCUUCGGCUAAGCUCCGCUACUUUUCUACCAACUCGAGUCUGCCUUUUUUUUUUUUUUUUUUUUUUGGAACUUCCGGGGAAGAAAAAGAAAAGAAAGAGAGAGAGAGGACAUCGAAAUGAAGUGAUGAAGCGGAAAAGGAAAAACAAACUCCACAGAGCCACACGCGGUAUUAUUGUUCUUGCUGUUGUUCUCGUUACAAACAUUAUUGCUAUUAUUAUUAUUGAUAAUAAUAUUACUACUAUGUGUACAGAAGUGUUUUUUUUUUUAACGAGAGAGGAAAUUUGUCACGUUGUGAAUGUUGUGUGUCUGCGUGCGUAUGAAAGGAGAACGACGUAAUUUUGUUUUGAAACAUUGUUUUUUUUUCUCUCUGUCGAGUUCUACAGGUGCAUCUUAGUACACGAGAAUAGCCGCGAAAAUGUUCAUGUCUUUCAGGAGUUGAUUUCAAAAAGUCCAUUCCAGAAUUCACGACACAGAAUGAAAUAUUUCGUGAAAUAGAUUUUACGUAAGAAACAGUCCAGGAAUUGGCCGAGCAAGCUACCGAGGGUCCUGUAAUAUUGGUUGCCUCAAUCACUUUGAAAAUAGAUUUUUUUAAAUGUAAACAAUACAAUGAAAUGUACGUUACUAAAUAAUUGGUUCUGUAAUUACUUAAAAUUUUGAAUGGUUUAAAUUAUUAAAGUUAACAAUGUUACAUAUUAAAAUUAAUAAUUUUAAUCAUAUUAUUUUGACAUAAUUGUCCAUCCUGUUUUUCUGUUUUACCGUAUCCAGAAAAGAGAUGGCCCAAAUCUGUCCAUUAAAAACUGAAAAGGAAUUUUUUGAAUUGAACUUCUGACACAAAACGUUUCUACCAUUUUCCAGCGUGUUGAGAUGCACCCGUAUGUGGCUGAAGGCCCUCCACAGUAGCGCUCGUGUUAUUAAAAAGAACGAAUCAAAAAAUUUGCAUCCUCGGAAGACAAACUAAGGCUUUAAAAUCACACACAGAGCACCUCCUCUUUUUCCCCCGGACCCCUCCAACAGGGGGCACCAGGCAGCACUGCACAGUUAAAAAAAAAGUCGCCAUCAGCGUUUUCGCAGCGCUUGAGCAAGCAUUAGUUUUCUCUCAGCGCCAAUAUGCAUGACCGUGCGCUUAGCACACACCUGUGUAAUGUGAUGCAUGCGGCGAUCUGCAGCUGUGGCGCAUUCGACUAUAAUCCAACCUGCAUUCGAUUUUAACACUCGGUACACUUGCAUAAUCCGAUAUGAGAGCGCUAUCGAAAUUCCAGAUGGAUGAUAUCAGAGGGAUAUUUUUGCAGCUUGUCGGCUGCAUUUGACUGAGCUGUUUGGAGUAAUCUUGGGGGUCAUUCAAGUUUUUCCAGAUGAAACCUGGAAAACAAACUUGGACAUAUGUGCUUUUCAUUGGAGGCGAUAACCUUGAACGAUAUUAUGCGGGUAGUGUGCCAUGAACCUAAUGAGUGUGAAAAGCAUCAAGGAAUAAUCCGAUUGGAUGUUGAGGGCAUCUAUCUGUUUGUUGCCAUUUUCUGUCACGAAAUAGAAAGAAGGAAAACAAUAAUUCACCUGUUCAGAACAACGUGCUCGGUUCUUCUUAUUAUUCUUACGUCAGCCACAAAUUAGAAGCAUUCGUCUGUAAAUGUUUUGCUUUUCGACAAAACAUAUUACCUGCAGGGCGGCACGUCGGAUGACUGGUUAGCACGUCGACCUCACAGUGUAGAGGUGCAGGGUUCGAUUCCGGCUCCGGCCUUCCUCUGUUGUGGAGUUUGCAUGUUCUCCCCGUGCCUGGGUGGGUUUUCUCUGGGUACUCCGGUUUCCUCCCACAUUCCAAAAACAUGCUUGGCAGGUUAAUGAAACACUCCAAAUUGUCCCUACGUGUGAGUGUGAGUGUGAGUGGUUGUUUGUCUAUGUGUGCCCUGCGAUUGGCUGGCAACCAGUUCAGGGUGUCCCCCGCCUAUUGCUCAAAGAUAGCUGCGACAGGCUCCAGAACGACCCUUGUGAGGACAAAGUGCAUCGGAAAAAUGAUGGAUGUUACCUGCAAAAAAAAAAAAAAAACCCAACAACUUUAAAUACAUUAUGCCCUCUCUUGAAUGUGAGCAGCAUAGGUGUUGUCAUGAUGCUGUAAGUAUGCUGUAGUCAUGCCUGGGGGCAUCUUUUCCCGGCGCAAAGAAUCUUGACUUUGAUUGUCUUGUAGAAAACAUUCAAUGUUCCCGUUUUGAAGAGGGAUUUUGACUGAGAAACGUACAAUAAUCAUCUACCUGUUCCAAAACAAACAGCACAUUUGUUUAUUGAUAGUACCACAUAGCUGUCAAAUGAAAAGCAUGUAUCUCCGCUAUCCUCUUUUUUUUUUUUUAAAAUUCUUGAUAACCCAACAUCAGUUUAUGCAAGUUUUCUAAAUUCAUUCACACAAACAAGAAAUCAGCCAUUGUUCACCUUUCAAUCUGUUUCACAUGGGUGAAAAAAACAAACCCUUUUUGACAAGUGUUCAUGAAAAGUGAGCAUAAGGAUAUUCCUAUCGGACUGUCUCGAUGUCCUAUUGUUAUGCCCAAUGAGUAGAGCUGCGCUGAAGGGGGAGCGACUACCUCAUUGCUGCAGUGUGGAACCUGCUCCCAGCGGAAACGUGCCGUCACGAUGGAGAUUUGUGGCACAUAAUAUCACAGACAGUGUUCGUCAAUCGCUUUUAUUCCUGCCCUCCCAUUGGCUACAAGCAGGCGCGUCACUCACUCCUCAUUUCAUUUCCGCCAUUCUUUUUUUUUUAUUUCUUUUUUUUUUGCCACCCCACCCCAUUUCUUUAAUAGGCCAGUGUCAUUCAUUUCCCUGUGUGUGAGUCAUUGCAAUGAGACUUUGUACUGUUGAGAGAAAAAAAAAAUGUGUGCAAGCUCCGCUAAUUGUCCACCGGAACGUUCUCAGGGAUUUCUUCUUUUCCUCCACAAGAAAAAAAAAAGGCGGAACAAAACCAACGACUGACUACAGGAAAAUGGGGAGAAAAAAAACCCAACAACAUGAGCGAGCAUUUAUUGUACUCUGUAUAUAUGCCAUAGUAUAUGUCUGAAUAUGGAGGAUCUGAAAGUCUAUGUUAACUAAUUUAUACAGAGUAUUCUAUGUAAUGUGAAAUACUUGAAGCCGCUGUAGUUUGCUCUCUCUUUCUCUCUUCUGUCUUUGUUUUAUUUUAUUGUUUUUUGGGGCUUUUUUUUUUUGGGUGAUGGAAACAUAUCAGGAGGACAAGACUUCAUUCCUGCUGACUAAAGCAUACAGACCAGGAAGGGAGGUCAAAAGUACUCACUGGGGGCCAGUAACACAUUUUUUUGUUGCUUUAAUCCAUUUUAAAUUCAUUUCUCAUCCAGUAAAAUCGACACUGUGUCUCAUAUCACGCACACCCGUCAACCAACGUCUGUCCUUUACUCACCGUCAUUUUUGUGUCCUUUGUUUUAAGUAUGUUUGGACAAAAAAACAAACAAAAAAAAACGCAGCCUUUUCUUCUUGCCUUGUCUUAACGCUUUAACGUAACCAAACAGGAAUUCUGUCUAACAACCAAACGCGUUCAAAGGGGUGAGAGGCGAGCCACCUUGGUCCAGCUUUAGUGUCCUUAAUUAGUAAGAAAAAUGAAAACAAAAAAAAAAAGAAAAAGAAAGGAAAAAACGUGAAUGGCUGUGUUAUUAACUUUUCGUCCUGCUUUUGACGACAAAGCAGCUCCUCACGUGUGUCUGGUGGUUAAGUUAAAAAAAAAGAAGAAAGGAAAAAAAAAGUGCAUACGUUGUUGUCCGGUGUCUCGCAACAAUUUCCUCCUGACUCUUUCUAGCUGUUUUUUUUUCUUUUGGGUAGAAAGCUCUCCCCCUUUUUUUAUUUAUUAUGACGACCCAUGUAUACAUGCUUAUGAAAUUCAAAUUUGAUAUGCCGAUAUCGAUUUAUUUAUGUAACUAAAUCACUGUUUUAUAAUCUUGUUAAUGAGUCAAUAAUUGAUUUUUUCUUUUUUUUCUUUUUUUUUGUUUAAAUAAAAGUUAAUUUUUGAAAUGUU